CGCCCGCCCGCCCGCCGCCGCCGCUCCCUCCCCCACCGGCUGCGGGCAGAGCAGGAGCCGCGGAGCAGGCAGCGGGAGGAGGGGGAGUGCGCUGCCGCCGCCGCCGCCGCACCGGGAGAAGGGACGCGCCGUCACCGCCCGAGCAGCCGCAGAGCUGUGGAAUGCUGUGAAGACUCACUCACUGCCCUGCAGCUGUAGGCAGACUCCAUUCCGGAUUAUCUCCAUCCGAAGGAAGCUCGUAUCCAAGAGAGUUCCCGGUCUUCCACCAUGAACCCUGUUUACAGCCCCGUCCAACCUGGGGCUCCCUAUGGAAACCCGAAGAACAUGGCAUAUACAGGUUAUCCGACGGGCUAUCCCACUGCUGCCCCAGCCUACAACCCAAACAUGUAUCCAACCAGCAGCCCCGGCUACGCCCCAGCUACACUUCUGAUGAAGCAAGCCUGGCCACAGACCUCCUCCUCCUGUGCCACGGAGGGCACCUUCCAUCUCCCGGUGGACACCGGGACCGAGAACAGAACUUAUCAGGCUUCUUCUGCAGCAUUCAGGUACACUGCGGGGACUCCCUACAAGGUCCCACCGACCCAGAGUAACAACGCACCUCCUCCCUACUCGCCGUCUCCGAAUCCGUACCAAACCGCUAUGUACCCCAUCAGAAGUGCCUAUCCACAGCAGAACCUGUACACCCAGGGAGCUUAUUAUACCCAGCCAGUGUACGCGGCACAGCCUCACGUUAUCCAUCACACCACCGUGGUUCAGCCCAACAGCAUCCCAUCGGCCAUCUAUCCGGCCCCGGUUGCUGCGCCCAGGACCAACGGUGUGGCCAUGGGGAUGGUCGCUGGGACCACCAUGGCAAUGUCAGCAGGAACCUUGUUGACCACCCCACAACACACCGCCAUCGGAGCACAUCCAGUUUCCGUGCCAACGUACAGGGCUCAAGGAACCCCCACCUACAGCUACGUACCUCCACACUGGUAAACCCACUGGCCAAUUCAUAUCCAGAGUCAAACAUUGUAUGCAACUACACAAGUCUUACAUCGGUGCUGUGGCCACUGUACUGCAGCACCUCGUCUGUUUGCAAGAACAAAAGAAAAAAAAGAAAAAAAAAAAAGUGCAAGGGUCACUUUAUGCAUUCUUUAGUGGUUUUUGUAAAAGCUGCUUUUUCUAAUCUUCUGCCUCUUUUUUUUUUUUUUCCUCUCCCCCUUCCUCCUCCCCGGCCCACAUAAAUUGUGUAACACACAUACUGACACUGAGCAAUAGUAAAGUUCUCUCUUUGGUCCUAUCAUUUGAAAGCUCAGAAUAUUCACUUUUCCAGCAUUACCCAGCUGAGUGGUGCAAAGAUCCCCCACUUCUUGUUUGUUUGGGUUCUUUUUGUUAUUUUUCUGUUGUCGUUGUUGUUGACGAGAGCCUAGAUUUUCUUCGGCUAGUAAGAGUGGUUGAUGUUCAGGGUACUAUGUGAAAAGCACAGCGCUGGUAGGCAGGCUUAUUCCGAUUUGGUUUUGGGUAUUUUUAGUUGAAUAAUAUAAAUUAUUUAAUCUUCCAUAACAUAUUACAAGAAAAUUGGUGUCUUCCAGAUAGCUGUCGUGAUAGAUUAUAAAUGCAUUAUCUGCAGUGAAAUUCUGAACUCAUCCCUUCUUUUGUAGGAGUAAGAGAAUAUAAAUAUAAUUAGCAAUGUAACACACUUGUCUUAGGAAGUAGGAGGACUGGUCACCAUCGGGUCUUUGGUCUGCUUUUUCCAGCUGGGCAAACGGAUCUUGCGUGGUGGGAAGAGAGCAGUGGAGCCAUGUCUUCCCUGGUAGCAUCUUGCACCUCUUGGGAAAACCAGCUGCUCCCCAUCAGCUGCGUCCUGGGGCUGUGUGAGGGAGAAGGCAGCUCCUUCCUUGCAUGGCUCCCGUUUGCCAGCAGACAUGAGCCGGGCAGCUGUUGAAAGAAGCAAGGAGAUGUCUAAGUGUUGGUCUGAAGAGCUUUGUCAGGUUCAAGGAAUGGUCUGAAGAGCUUCUCCCAGUCCAGGAGUUGGUCUGAUGAGGUUCUCCAGGUCCAGUGGUUAAUCUGAAGAGCUUCUCCAGGUCCAGGUGUUGCUCUGAAGAGCUUCUCCAGGGCCAGGGGUUGGUCUGAAAGAGCUUCUGCAGGUCCCAUGGUUGGUCUGAAGAGCUUUUCCAGAUCCAGGGGUUGGUCUGAAGAGCUUCUGCAGGUCCAGUAGUUGGUCUGAAGAGCUUCUUCACAUCCAAGGGUUGGUCUGAAGAGUCUCUCCAGAGUCUGGUGGUGUAGGGAAAGAGGGUGGCUGGUUGAUGGAGAAGAGUCCUCAAGUCGGGGUGAGGGGGAAGACUGGUGGCUUCAACUUGCACCCGUGUUGUUGGCAGGGCUGAGACCAAACUGCGAUGCCUCCGUGGCAAUUGAGGUGCCCCCCACCCCACCCUGGCCUCCAUUCUUUGGGUUACAGCUGGGCUUGGAGACUUCCAGGAGAAAUGUUCAUCCACGUGCAAAUCCCAGCACCGUAGGGAGAAGCCAGAGAAGGGGAUGAUGUCCAGUGCUCUGCUUGGUGAGUGGAGAGAAGUGGGAGGAAGAGGAAGCAAUAGCAAUAAACAUGUCGCCUUCCUCACGGGAAGGUACCUGAGAAAAGACGAGAGCAAGGAAGGUGAUCCACAGUUGACAUGGACUGGGCUGGGAGACAACGGGCACGCAGAGGCUGUGGGCAUCGGGGUAAUUUCUGGGGGUUUUGGCUUAUCCAGGGACGCAAGGAUGUGAAGCCAACUGCGGCUGGUGACAUCCCACCUUGGGGUGUCCAAGUAGAGCAAUAAGUUGUCUUGAGGGCAGCGGAGAGAGAGUUUGUAUUUGCUGACAAUGCUCGUGGCCAGGUUAUUUUUAAAUCCUUAUCACUAAACCCAGCAUAGAAACAAGGGUUUUUUUCUUUUUCUUUUUUUUUUCUUUUUUUUUUCUAAAACAAAACCAACAUUGUUGGGUUUUGAUUUUUCCCUCAAGCGUGCCAAAAGAGUUACAUGCACCCAGCAGCGUGUUUGCAACUCUCACGUCUCUGGGGCUCUGAGGUUGUCACAAUGGACUAAAUCCAGAGCCUUUAAAGAGGUCAGGUUAGGAGAUGUGGAUGGGAAUCCCUCCCAGCACUGCCUGGCAUGCGUUUCCGAUCCACGCAUGGUGUUGAGUCAGUGCCCAGAUGUCUUUGUUGGUUGCUCUGCUUUGGUUCUACCUGGAUCACGUCUCCAGGUGGAGGUGAGGGCAGUGGAAACCAACACUAGAGGGUCACCUUGACUGGGCCAUGGGUCUUGUAGAGGUCAGACUGGAAGGUCUUUCAGAAGAGCAAGGUGACCAGUUGGUGGCACUUGGGUGAGACCUCCUUGCUCUUGGUGGUGUCUCCCAGCUUGGCUUCUGCUGCCGUUCGGAAGAGCUACUGGAGGUCCUUCCCAUAAGCAAGUCCAAAUGAGGAGACACAAGUUUAUGGACCCAAGAAGACUUUUCCUAUUGCUGGUUGGGCCCAGGUGGUUUGUCAGGUCCAGUGGUGGCACCAGCACUUCUGUAUGGGGGUCAUUUGGUUGGUUCUGUUGAUUUUAAAGGAAAUCUAGCAAAGUGCUGGUUGAUCUUUCCAACCUCAGGGGGAACAACUUGGGUGAAGACAGAACACCAGUGCUGUGGGGUGGGGAAGGUGGAUAUCUCCCAUGUAGUAAUUUGGGUUGUGCUUUGAGUUUGUAUAAAAGGAAAAAAAAAAAAAAAAAGAGUAAGCAGAGAGUUGCCCGAUUCAGCUUGAUGAAGCCAAGGGUUAGCACGUAAAGAGCAACAGGACAUUUGGAAAUGGCAAUACUACAUCGUCCUUUCACUAUUUGUAGCAUGCUGGGGAAAAAAAACAAAAACAAAAACAAAAAAACAAUAGAUCACAGGAAUUGAAGACCUCUCAAAUGCCAUUUUUUGCUCUCGUUGUUGACUUCAUGUUCUAUUUAGGAGCUGUCUAUCGGCAUUGAAACACGUAGCAUAGCGGAAGCUCUAGCCAACGUAACGGCACUAUGACAUUGAUCUCACAGCCCGGGCUCUGAGGAGAAGGACUUUUCCCAGCAGAUACCGUCCUACCCCUGGCCUAGGCACCCUUCACCUUUAACUGCUUUAGGAACAACUGCUAAAAUUUUGGCCCAUGGCUAGGAAGGAGGUGCUAGGCUUUCUCCUGAAAGGAAAGAAAACACUAAAGGUGGAGGAUCACCCAGUGUUACCGCUAAUGAGAGCCGACACGGGGCGGUUUAGUUUUAAUUCCUUCGCUUGGAUCAGUAGCAGAUCUGAUGGUCCUCAUCCUGUUAUGCCCAGGCAAAAAUACUCAUGAACUCAACUGAGGUGUGAAGGGGUGAAAUGGUUGCCGGCUGUUGGGCGCGAGGCUUUGGUGAGCACAUUGGGCAAGUGGUGUUGGGUUUGGGCUUGGAGCACUGCAUGGCUCCAGGGCCACCACAGGGCUCCAGGCUUGGGUAGCUCCUUCCUAAGGUGGCUUCCUGGGGCUGUGGUGGUGGGGAGAUGCUCCUGGCCACCAUGUGGGGCUUGUGACCACCCAGCUCAUGCCAGCAGUGACCUGCCACCCUGUCCCCUUGCCCAUGGAGGAAUGUGAUUUUUUUUUGUUUGUUUGUUUUUGGGUAGAUGGAAGGAUGGAAGGAAAACCCACGAUCCCAAGCCCUUUCCUUGGCCAAGUCAUGGCUUAAGCAAAGGUCCUGGGGAGGUCACAGCCCAGUGGGGGAUGCGUUUGGGGAGGGGAGCUGCACUGAUGGGGGCCACCAGCUUCUCAAAUAGUUGACUUCAGCAAAGCUUUGCUGAUGUUGGUUGAGGAAAAGUGUUUCCCACACUGAAGGAUCACACCAGGCAUGAGCAGGAGGGGUUAAAUCAUCCUUAGCAGCCAGCAAAGUGUCUUGGAGAUUAAAAUUCCAGCUAAAGAGGAAGGAAAAUAACUCUCAAACCGCCGUUAUGACAAUUAACCCGUCCCUGCCAUUAUCUCUGCUUUAAAACACGAGCUGUAAUGCAAGAUUUGGGGGUCGGGGGGGGAGAAAAAAGCAUCUUGAUCGUGGUGGUGCCCCCCAUCCCGUGCCUGUGCCCACCACGCCUCCAAGCGGCUGAACCCUCCGGAUUUGCUCCUGUAUUUUCUGAAGAAUAAGAACAACCCAGGCGAGGUUUUGGUUUUUUGGUUUUGUUUGGUUUUUUUUUUGUAGUUUCAAGCUGUAAUUACCAUGAAGUGUUUUUUAAGGGGUUGGGGUUAAUGAGGGAUGUUUCAGAGUAUCUGUUUUUUUCCACCGGUAUCAGAGAGACACUCCCCACCGCCCCCCCCCCCCACUUUGCCAUCCCCUCCUUCCCCUCCUGCAUCCCGCUGGAUGCAGCAGAUUUGGGAUGAGGCUGUUCCCAGCCAGAGGGCGUGAAAUCACAUCUUGCUUUUGUAAGAGGGAGAAAAAACACAUUGGGGGGGUUUAUUUUCUAUAAGAAAACCCAACCAGCUGACAAUAGCAAUAAGAGCUGCUGGAUAUCCAUAAAUCCAGGUUUUUUAGUUUGUUGGUUUUUUUUUUUUUUUAAUUGUCAAUAUUUCAGGCGCCCCCAUCAUGGUCUCCACAACGUGGCGACCCUCUGCUCAUCUUCCCUUUGCUUUGCCACGAGCACCGGGCUGCAGGCUCUGGAUAGUUUCUCUGCAUUCCCAUAGGGAAAAAAAGAAAAAUAAAGCCUGUUUAGGAGCUUGGGAGGAAGGAGAGCUUGGAAAAGGUGUUUUUGUGGUGUGUUGCACCGUGGCACUUAUAGAUUCACCUGUCAUCGGGUAAAAUAACCUGUUACAGUGAUGUUUGCAAAGCAGGAAUAGCAAAAUAUGUGGUUUAGCAGCAGCAAUUCCUGGUUGGAAACGCUCAAGCGUGCUGUUUAUAAGGAAAAAUCCUGCUGCAACGUGGCCACCUGCAGCAUCGCUGCAUUUUCCUGCAAGGGGGGGAGCUGGGUUUUUCCCGGGGCAAAGGGGGUUCGGGAUCAGAGCGCCAUGGGGGGAGCAAUCUGUAGGGUGGGCAGCCCCGGGGAAGCACAGGAAGGAAGGAAAAAUGAGCUAGUGGGGUGCAGGAUGGCACCCAAAUCCAUCCCUCUAGCACAGAGGAAACCCAUGCCAGGCUCCUACCCCUCUUUCUCUGUAACUGAUUUUUUAAAUUCAUUUUGACCGCCAGGCCAGCUUGUUUUUAAAUAUUAUUGGACCUCUUAAGCAAAAAUAAAUAUUACAAAAAAAAUACUAAAAAAAACAAAAAAACACACAAAAAAAAAAAAAAAACAAGAAAAAAAUUUAAAACCAAGAGUAACCAUGUCUUCCAUGUCUAAGUCUCAAAGGUGUGUAGGGAACAUGGCCUUGAACUGAUGCCCUGGAAGCCCCACAGCCUCGGUUUGUCCAUCUGAAGUGUAAAUUUGGGGUUUUUUUUUUCCUGUUUGUUUUCUGUUCUGGUUUUGGUUCUGAAGAUCAGGUCGUGAUCUCCCUGACAGAUUUCAGCCAAGAGUUUGUAACUGUACGAUAUUUACUGUAAGAUGUAGAACAUUCGAUAACUAUUAAAAUGUUUCCAAAAAAAAAAAAAAAAUAAAUAAAAGAGCCCGAGAGGG